UUGAUUUUACGCGCAAGUUUACCUUUUUCACUCGUCAUGAUCAAUAUAGAGUUUUCAAAGUUUCUGGUGUUGUGUCGGCGAAGCUAUAUAAGAGAAAGAGGAGGAGAAAAGGAAAAAAAAAAGUAAUAGAAGAAGGAAGACAUGUUCGAGGACAAAGCCAGAGUCAACACGUCUUUGUCAAUUAUCACGGAAGCUUUCGAGGAUCUGGCGGAUUCUCUGAAACCGCCGUGGAAAACCGGCGGCGACGAUGAAUCAGCCGAUGGAUUAAGGCUCGAUGCGUUUUGCAGUGCUUGUACUCACGUCUCUGUUCUCUUCAGUUGCCUCGGAUUCGCCUUCAAAUUCGCUGAAAUGGAAUACGUCUCCAAGGUUAAGGAUUUGGUGGAGGCGUCGAAAACGUUUGAGACGUUACAGAACAUUUUGGAUCUAGAUGUAGAGAAUAAAACGGUUAAAACGCCUGGAAGCUACUCGCGAAACCUUAGACGUGUUAGACAAGGCUUAGACCUAAUCCGAGCCAUCUUCGAACAGUUCUUAAUGACGGAUGAGUGUUAUUCUUUGAAAGACGCUGCAACAAAAGCUUACACCCAAGUAUGUGCACCGUUUCAUUCUUGGACGGUUAGAACCGCGGUUUACGCCGGGAUGUAUACACUUCCGACGAGGGAACAACUUUUGUUACGUCUCAAUGAAACAGAUCAAUCUGUGGAGAAGAACAUGAGGAGGUACAUGGAAGUGUCUAGACCGAUCAUAGAGUAUAUUGAUAAGCUUUACAUUGAUAGGAACAUUAAACUGGACUGGUAGCAAUUUUGUAACAAAAAAAGGUUAGUCCUUAAAAAUUUAAAUUUGGAGUUUUGUCUUGAGGCCAAUGAUUAUUUCCUGAAUGAUAUUUCUUUCUUCAAAUAUAUUUUGUGUUGUGACGGCACAUCAGCUAAACCUAAAUGGAUAUGACAUUGUUGAAUAACAUAUAAUUAUUGUUAGAUUAUAAUGUACUUAUGAAUGAACAAAAGGUUAUGGUAUAUUUCAUAUUGGUCUCAUUACUUCAUAGGCAAUUUCCGAGAGUCUUUUAUGUAGUUUUUUUUGGCACAGAAUAUAAGAGCUAGUUUUGCUAACGAGCUUAGUGGGGACACAAAGUGAGAAUCAAACACUUAAGCUAAAAUGUCCUUUUAUAUUUGAAGAUGCCAUGAAACUCCUCGUGAGAUUGGGAAUUUGAUUCGAAUAUUUUCUUUAUAAUACCAAACUUUGUAGCUUCGCACGUAGCAAGUGGUAUCGUCGACCUCAAAGUUUUGUUUAAUUUGAGAUUGUGGUCAUAACUAGUAACAUAUUGAAAUCCACAAAAAAAAAAAACCAUUAACAUGUUGAAAAUUGUAACAUACCCACAACAUAAAUUUAUUUGCCCAAAAAAAAAAAUUCCACAACAUAAAUUUAUUUUACUUAUAUAUUACGAAUUGAAAUUAAAAUUUUAAGUGUACAUAUUGUUUGUUAGAGAAUAUCCUUAAAAAUUCAUGAUAUUUCCAAUUCAAAACAAAAUGUGUACUGUUAUUCCUUAAACGAUGAAACACUUUGUAAUGAACACUUUAGUUUAACCAAGUUUGCUUCAUUAUUUUGUUACGAACAACGCUUUAAUUUAAGUGUGUG